GAACAUUUGCCUUUUCCUCUCACACAAGGGAGAUCUCAUUUUGUUUGAGACUGGAUACAGUUGAAAGCAAACCACACAGCAACGAGAGGGUAUGAUGGCUAAGAAGCCUCCGAAACCAGCCCCUAGAAAGAUCUUCCAAGAAAGAUUAAAGAUUACUGCUCUACCGUUGUACUUUGAAGGUUUUUUAUUAGUCAAGCGAUCAGAAUACCAGGAGUAUAAACAUUAUUGGACAGAAUUGAGAGGAACUACACUUUUCUUUUAUACCGACAAAAAAAGUACAAUAUAUGUUGACAAGUUAGACAUAAUAGACCUCACAUGCCUUACUGACCAGAAUUCAACUGAAAAGAAUUGUGCAAAAAUCACCCUUGUUUUGCCAAAAGAGGAAGUGCAACUGAAGACAGAGAACGUAGAAAGUGGGGAAGAAUGGAGAGGCUUCAUUCUCACAGUAACAGAGCUGUCAGUUCCUCUACAUGUGUCACUCCUUCCUGGACAAAUAAUUAGACUGCAUGAAGUCCUAGAGAGAGAAAAGAAAAGGAGGAUUGAGACCGAGCGGAUACCUAGUUCAUCUAUGGAAAAAGAGAAGGAACCAAUUGAAGAUUAUGUGGAUGUACUGAACCCUAUGCCAGCAUGUUUUUAUACAGUAUCCCGGAAAGAAGCAACUGAGAUGCUUGAGAAGAACCCUUCCUUGGGAAAUAUGAUCCUGAGGCCUGGUAGUGACAGUAGAAACUACUCCAUCACUAUCCGGCAGGAGAUAGACAUGCCAAGAAUCAAGCACUACAAAGUGAUGAGUGUAGGAAACAACUACACUAUUGAACUGGAAAAACCUGUUACACUCCCAAAUCUUUUCAGCGUCAUUGAUUAUUUCAUGAAGGAGACUCGAGGAAAUUUACGACCAUUUAUAUAUUCAACUGAUGAAACCCUUGGCCAAGAACCCACCAUAGAAGGGAGAGGAGAGAGGCUGAAGAAAAAUCUACAUAUUGCAUGAACCAAAAUGGGAAACCUACCUUCUUCAUGUACAUUGGUAAUUUAUUAUUUUCAAAAGGAAGAUCUGACUUUUAAAGAAAAUCACCUCUAUUUUCCUGAUCCUGAUUACCAAGUCACUUAGCUGGACACCAGAAUUAAACAUUGUAGCAUACAAUUUCAUUAUCUUAUCAGAAUGAAACCAAUUCAGCAGGAAACCACAGAAUAUAGCUGUGAGGGCAACUCAGAGAUAUAUGCAUUCCCAUGCACGGAUAUAAGUUGAAAACAUAUGAUCUUUUCCAAAUGAAGUUUUUAUUUCUCUAGGCUUCAGAUAAAUACAUUUCUGUCUAUACAGUUUCCAGAGCAGAUUUUCUAGUUCUCGUAAAUUCUAGGAAUUCCAAAAAAGCCUCACUAGGUUUUCUUGAAAUCUGAUCUGACCAAUUUAUCAAAUAUAAGUCAUUCUAAUUAGGUAGCUAGAAACCAGAGACAUGAAAUGUACUAGGAAAAGCCCUUUCCCAAUGGAAAUACUCUAUGCUACAUUUUUUGUUACUGGAAAUAAAUGAAAUUUAUCAAUUUCCAUAUUUUUCCCUGAUGUUGUCUUUCUGCUAGCUCUAAAGCAACCCAUACCUCCUUCUGUAAAAACAUUAAUGGUAAGGAUGGUAAAAGGCUAUAUAAUUAUCCAUUUCA